CGAGAGGCUGGCGGCGGAAUAGCUCUGCGGUCGCCAGGCAACCGCCCUGACGCAACGCAAAAGAACGUCCCUUCAAAAAAGAUCGGUGCGGAGAGAAUUCGCAGCGCUCCGGAGCUCGGGAUCUCGGGAGGCGGGAGCCGAGCUCCGAGGGAGGGCGGGCGCGGGCUGGCGGCCGGGAUCGCGACAGCUCGGACAACGCGACUGGAGCUCAAGAAGGUACACAGCUAGAAGCAUUGGAUCCCAAGUAGAGAGUCAGCCAUUCACACAGGAUACUGCAAAAUGAGCCUUUCUGGGUGAAGGUCCCUGGGAGAAAUGCAGGUCAGCUAGCUCUGAGGACCUGUCCAGAGGAGAAACCUGUGUCCUGAGAUCCAGACCAGCUGGCUUUUCCCCCUGUUUCUCGCUGAGGGAUCUAGGCCUACUUCCUGUGCUCCCUUCUGCUUUGAUCUGCACACCUCCAGCGAGCAUAGAGAGAUCUUGGAGGAAGCUGUCCCAAAGAUUUCCUGCCGAUGCUUGUCUGAUCCUGCCUUCUGUGAAGCAUGGCUGCUACAGGAUUACUGGACAAAUCAUAGAUCCUGAGCCACACAGCUGCUCUGAGAGGCGCGCUCUACAGCCUUGCUUGGCUCCAAGUGCUGCCAAGCCUUGAGACUCACUCCCAGCCCAACAAUGCCUUCAGGAGCUAUGGCCACAGUCUGAUGAGACCAUUACCGAGCAGGACUUGACCUUCCUACCCAGCAAGCUCCCCCGAGUGGCCCCCCUACCUCCCAUGUCUGGCUACCAGGGCAGACUGGAGAAUGUCUGUGCCCCGGAUCCAAGUGGAAGAAGUGGGUGAGAAAGACAGGCCAGCAGGGGCAGCUGUACCUCCCGAUGACCACCUCCUCAGCCUGAAGGCCCUCGCUGAGAAGCUGAGACUGGAGACCCGAAGACCUUCUUACCUGGAAUGGCAGGCCAGGCUGGAGGAGCAGACAUGGCCUUUCCCAAGGCCAGCUGCCCAGCCAGAGGCAAGCCUGGAGCAAGGAGCAUGUGGAGGUGGAGAGCCUUUGAUGCCUCUAAGGGAGCCCCGAGAGCUUCUCCCACCUGCCAGGAGUGCCAACAGGGGUGACGGGCCACUGACCACAGGCAAGCUGGAAGGCUUCCAGAGUAUCGAUGAAGCUAUAGCCUGGCUCAGAAAGGAACUGGCAGAGAUGCGGCUCCAGGACCAGCAGCUGGCCAGGCAGCUUAUGCGCCUCCGUGGAGACAUCAACAAGCUGAAGAUUGAGCAGACCUGCCGCCUGCACCGGAGGAUGCUCAAUGAUGCUGCCUUUGAGCUAGAGGAGCGGGAUGAGCUGUCCGACCUCUUUUGCGACUCCCCUCUGGCAUCCUCUUUCAGCCUUUCCACACCACUCAAGCUUAUUGGCGUCACCAAAAUGAACAUCAACUCCAGAAGGUUCUCUCUCUGCUGAGAAGCCUUGGGAUGGAAGGGGAACCAGAGCCAAGGGUGAGAGAGAGAGCACUCAGGCCAAGUUACCCAAAGUGGGUCUCCCUGAGGCCAUGCUUGGGAGCAAAAGGCACCAGGACCUGGUAGUAGUAUGCUAGGGGCUUCAGCUUUGCAUACCUGGGUCUUCAUGUUCAAGACCCAAAGAGUCUGCAGACACUAUGUAAGACAGGGCUCUCAGUAGGAUCCCUGUGGCCUUCCCCUCUAUGGCCCACUUUCCUGUGUCCUAGGAUCACUGGUGCUAUGAUGUUGAAUCCCAAAGGGGACACCCCUCCCAUACCCCUGCCAAAGCUUGUUCUUAUAGAAAGCUCUACUCUAGGGAAGCUGAGGAGAUUAGAUUAUGUAAAGUACACCCAUCUCUCAUGUUCUGUUACCACCCUCUUAGUGCUAGCUCUAAUUGCCCCUUAGUAGGUGACUCUGCAACACGGGCAAGGACGUGGUAAGACAGGAAAACUUAAAGGAAUAACAAGGUGACACAUGGGAAUGCAGGUUUCUCUUCGAUGGCUACCAGCAUGGAAGGAGCUCUGUCCAACUACUUUGAAUGUCAGCCUUGACGCCGCAAGGCCAUGCUAUUUCUGGCUUGCUCCAUGACAUAUGACAUAUGUACCUUGGAUAGCUUUGGUAGAGCAACCCAGGCACCCUGCUGCCUCCAGUCACAACCACUUCAGUUACCUCACUGCCACCCACAACCCCAGGAGAAUACCUAGCAGACCACUGGCCACUGGUAGCUAAACCAGGCAAGAUAAGAGAUAGAUUUCCCAUAAGUGAAUUCUGCAAUAGGGGGCAUGAUAGAGACCUCCUGGUGGGACCUGAUAUUGUCACCUGCAUCACCUUAUCUUUAGCACCAAAGACCCCAGAGAUCCUGAAAGUCCAUCCUGAGCCUCUCCCAAGACUGUGCCUGAUCUAAGCAAUGGAUUUCAAUUGACCGUGGCUGUUAACUAAUGCGUUGCUAACUCGUUAAUACCUGUCUGAGUUUUGUCGAAAUGGAAAACCAGUUGAGUAAGCCAAGCAGAGUUUAAGCUUUAGUUUUGAGAGUUUUUCCCUAGCAGCAAGCUUGAGGUCAGUAAAAUGUCAAGCUCUUCAAGUCAGGGAAGACCUGGUACAGCACACCUGGUCACAAUCCUGUUAACACAAGUUUCUCAGACUCUGGGUGUGUCUAGUGAGGCCUGCUCAUGAGCAGAAGGGCAAAGUGAAGCCAUGAAAGACAAUGACUUUCCUCCAGUUACCUGGCUGCUCCAUGGCUAUAGAAUAUUAAGGUGUGAAAUUACUGUGAGUCAGGCCUAGAUCUUCUGCCAAUGAACUUGAACUCCAGAAGAUGGUAUUGAUGCUCUCUCUGCCAAAUACACAAGUUGCCAGCUUCUUUCUCCCUCCCUCUCAGCCCCUACUCAUUCUUUUCUGGCCUAGCAAUGACUAGUAUUGGGGUGGGGAGGAGCGUAAUGCCCAGAUGGUGGACCACUCAGAGCUCUGCAGUCUCUACUGACUGUUCUCUGUAUAUAACAGUCCUUCCUCCUGAUAAUCCCCAUGAGCCAUGUCCACACACACCACAACACACCCAGACUGGAAUGGAAAGAUAAUACUGAAUGGUCUCUUCCUUGUGAUUUCAAAGAGCUAGACACUUUGUGUUUCUUUUUUUCAAAGGUAGAACAAGGUAGCCAAGAUUUUUUUAAGAGCUCUGAAGUCCUGAGGCCUUGACCCUAGUCUCUUCCUUCGAGACUACACAAAACACUGCCAAGUCCCAAGAGGCCUUUAUUUCCCAUCACCUCCUGUCUCUGGUCACCCCCAACUCCUAGGUGAUAUUCACCACAUCACAUGAGAGAAGGACCAUCCCAUAUUCUAAAAACGAUGCCAAACUGAUUGUAAGAAAUUAAAUCGUUAGCCAGGCAUGGUAGUGCACAUUUUUAAUCCCAGCACUCAGGAGGUAGAGGGAGGAAGAUCAGGAGUUCAAGACUAGCCUAUGAUAUAUGGUAACUUCUCCAAGCCAGCAUGGGCUAUAUGAGACCAUUCCUCAAGACCAUAAAAGUCACCAGUCAUUACAGUAACUGACACCCUUAGCUUAAAGCAAAACAGAGUGAUCGACUUGGAUGUGGUCAGCAACUAAACAUGUGACUGAGCAGUGUACUCAGCUAGGUAAGCACCCAGCAUCUUCCACCUGCUUUUGUUCUCUGGGGAAACUUUGUCCUAGGCAUGGGUUUGAAUAGAUUAGAUGUCUCAGCUUAAGUUGCUCAUUCCAAGAGAAUCUUAUUCUGGGAUAAGGAAGGGGGUGGGGGAGGGGAUCAAAAAAGGUGGAAGGGAAAGCUGUUUCGUCUUCUUACCGCCAGUGUCUGUUAGCUCUCUACCUUCCGUGGGGAGCUCAAACCAUUAACUGUUCACUCUGGUUGUAGAAUCCCCGCAGAAAUGUCUGUAGGUCAGUGGCAACAUUGGCUGCCUUCCUCAGCCAGCGUCCUGCCUUACAGUAUGUUCAUUGUCCUGGUUGGUGUUUCCUCAUUAGCCAUCUCUAUCCCCCCUCUCCCAAGUGAGACAUGAACUAUCCACUGUACUGCCACAAGGUCAUGUCCAAUGCCUUCAUAGCUUCAGUAGCAAUCACAGAGGCUUAAAAGGCUUGGCCUCAUCCAAGAUCUACCCCUGUAGCAAUACCAAGUGCUAUUACAUAAUCAAUGGACAAUUUACAGUUUUAUUUUUAUGAUUAUUUGUUUCUAUAUUACUGUUAGAAAAAGUGAAAUAAAACUAUUUCAAAAGGA